AUGUCCCUUGUGGUGGAAACCAAUGAGUAUGCUCCCCUUUAUGCUCCAUUCUUUGGUUUUGCAGGCUGCGCUGCUGCCAUGGUGCUGUCCUGUCUCGGUGCAGCUAUCGGUACUGCCAAGUCUGGGAUCGGGAUCUCGGGUAUCGGUACGUUCAAGCCUGAGCUGAUUAUGAAGUCGUUGAUUCCUGUGGUUAUGAGUGGUAUUCUGGCGAUUUACGGUCUGGUUGUCGCAGUGCUGAUCGCUGGUAACUUAUCGCCCACGGAAGAAUACACACUUUUCAGCGGGUCCAUGCACCUAAGUUGCGGAUUAUGUGUUGGAUUUGCCUGCUUGAGUAGCGGAUAUGCAAUUGGGAUCGUGGGCGAUAUAGGAGUAAGGAAAUUCAUGCAUCAACCGCGGCUGUUUGUUGGAAUUGUGCUGAUUCUCAUCUUCUCUGAAGUGCUUGGAUUGUAUGGGAUGAUUAUUGCAUUGAUUUUGAACACCAGAGGUUCAGAAAAAUAG